CUCGGAUGUGCUCGCUACUUCCUGUAUUCAGCAAAAAGCCGCCGUGAGUGUUUAGUACGAGCUAAACGCCUGUGUUGACUUCAGAAAAUAACUGGGACGACAGAGAUCAGUCAUCAAGCGCCACAGCCGAAUGAGUCCCAGGUUGAUCGAUAUUAAUGUAAAGAUGAACCAGAAUGGCUGCUGAUGCUGUAGUAAAAAGUCCACUGAAGGAUGCGGACAACACUCAUUUUCAAAUACAUCCCACAAGCUGUGGUGUCCAGCUGGAGACCAGUGGAGACGUAAACAACCAAAGUCACAAGGAUGAGCAUGAAUUGUGCCAAACUCCCGCUAUGCCCCAUGGCUGGACUAGAGAAGUGAGGCAGCGGAAAGCGGGCAAAACAGCAGGGAAACUGGAUGUGUACAUUACAAGUCCACAAGGGCACAGGUUCCGGUCAAGAGCAUCCCUGCAAGCUUUCCUCUUAAAAAGUGAAGAAGGGAAUUUAAUAAACCUCUUUGAUUUCACCACAUCUGGAGAAAAUGUCACUGCCUCACAGAUACUCUCCUCCAAAGUAAAGCAGAGGAGACAAAAGAAAAAAUGUAGAGAUGGACUGCAGGAGAAAACACAAGAUGUAACAGAAAGGCUGGAUGAAUCCCUUAAUGAAACUAAAAGAAUCUCGUCCUCACUCAGCAGUAAUACUGCAGAUAAAAGAGUAAAGAGUGGCGAAGAUACCAACCCUACUGACACCGAUGUUACACCUGAUAAGACUGAACAUAAAACCGAUGAGGCUGCAAAGUGUUGCAUGCAGACCGCACCUUCAGAAACAGUGGACGAUGUGAAGCUGCAGAAGAGCCCUCAGAGAGUGGGGUUGCUGAGAGAGAAGCUACUCAGGUUGGCUCCUUCCAGUAAUCAACAAAACACUUUCAUGUUUCACAAUGAGAAAGCAGACUCACUGCCUUCGGUCCCAACUCUGAACAUCGAGCCUUGCACUGAGAGCGAGAACGAAGGUGAGGACGAGCGAGAGGCAGAUGAGACACACAUUCACAGCAAAGGUGACAACGAGCCUAAUUCUGAACUGGAAGCAGAAAGCCAACGGGAAAAAGAAGAAGAGGUGUUACCUGUCACCACUGGCGGAAGCUGUACACCAGUAAGAGAUUCCCAGAAUAAGUCGAAGGGCUCAGAAGCCAAACGGAAAACGAGCCCUUAUUUCAGCGGGAAAUCCCUCAGAGAUGGACUCAGCCCACCCAGGAGGAAGGUCUUCAAGAAGUGGACGCCCCCUCGUUCUCCCUUUAACCUUGUGCAGGAAACCCUUUUCCACGACCCCUGGAAGCUCCUGGUGGCCACUGUUUUUCUGAACAAGACAAGCGGAAAGAUGGCCAUUCCAGUGCUGUGGCAGUUCUUUGAGCGUUACCCGUCUGCGGAGGUGACCCGGGAGGCUGACUGGAGGCCCAUGUCUGAACUCAUGAAGCCACUUGGACUGUAUGAAAUUAGAGCCAAAACACUCAUUCGUUUCUCAGACGAAUACCUGUCUAAACAGUGGCGUUACCCUAUCGAGCUGCACGGCAUUGGGAAGUACGGCAACGACUCCUACAGGAUCUUUUGCGUUGGAGAGUGGAGACAGUAAAAUUUAAUUGGUGUUUUUGUGUCGAAAGGUGACGCCAGAAGAUCACAUGUUGAACAAAUAUCACGCCUGGCUGUGGGAGAAUCAUGAAACCCUGGGAAUCUAAAAUUAAGAGUUUGUUGUGUUGCGAGCAAGAAAAUCUGUUAUAUCACAUCAACACUGCAUUAUAAUGAACUCCCAAUUUUGCAUUGCUUUUAAAUUAUGCAGUGAUAUUCCAAGAUUAGCUUGUAUUUAAAAAGUUUUACUCCAUGUUGAAUAAAAUGUUUUAAGUGCUUUAAUAAUUGAACUGA